GAGUCCUGCCUCCUCAAACCCCUCCCAAGUCCCAACCCAACGGAUAAACCUCCCUUCCCUUCCCUCCCUCCCUCAACCUUCCAUCCCAAGCAAUGUCCAUUCUCGACUCCUCCUGCACCUCUUCUCUCUCCAAAACCCUCUCUCUCCUCUCUCCCAUCCCUAAACCCCCUCCCCCUCGUUUCUCUCUCCACAAAACCUCCUCCCACUCCCACUCCCUCUCCCUCUCCGCCGCCCACCGCCAACGAAGCCUUCUCCGCUCCCUCUCCCGCCUCCGCACCGGGGAAAUCGAAGACUCCGAAGAGGAGGAAUUCGAAGACUCCGACGGCGACGGCGACGGCGACGAUGAGGAGAUUGACGAUGCUUUUGCAAUCGACGUGGAAAAGCUCGAAGAAGAAGCCAAGCUUGUCGUCCGAGAGUAUUCGGAUUCUCUGUCUCGCGAAUUGAGAAUAGAAGAUGAAACAACUGAUCGAAAACAAACUCGUGGAAGGCAGAGGAGGCAAAAGAGUGCCACUAGAAAUAUUCCGGAUAAUCUCCUUCAGAAAGUGACAAUCAUAGGAAGGCCAAAUGUUGGUAAAUCAGCAUUGUUUAAUCGGCUUGUUGGGGGUAACAAAGCAAUCGUUGUGGAUGAACCUGGGGUCACUAGGGAUCGCUUGUACGGUAGAUCCGUCUGGGGAGUGUAUGAAUUUAUGGUAGUAGAUACUGGAGGUGUUCUCAGCAUCGCUAAGUCACAGACUGAUGUUAUGGAAGAGUUAGCCAUCACCACCACCAUUGGCAUGGAGGGGAUUCCACUAAUGACCAGGGAGGCGGCUAUUGCGAGGAUGCCCUCAAUGAUUGAGAAGCAGGCUAUUGUGGCUGUGGAAGAGGCAUCAGUCAUUUUAUUUCUUGUUGAUGGCCAGGCAGGUCUAACAGCAGCAGAUGUGGAAAUAGCCGACUGGCUGCGGAAGCAUUACUCGCACAAAUGUGUUAUUCUUGCCGUGAACAAAUGUGAAUCUCCGUGUAAAGGAUUCAUGCAAGCAUCCGAUUUUUGGUCCUUGGGGUUUCAACCAAUGCCUAUAUCUGCUCUUACGGGAACUGGAACAGGAGAGCUUCUUGAUCUUGUUUGUUCAGGACUGACCAAAAUUGAGGACUCGGAGGAUCUUGUUGACGAAAAUUAUGUUCCUGCUAUUGCUAUUGUUGGCCGACCAAAUGUUGGUAAAAGUAGCAUUUUGAAUGCUUUAGUUGGAGAGGACAGGACAAUUGUCAGUCCAGUAAGCGGUACUACUCGUGAUGCUAUUGAUACAGAAUUUACUGGACCAGAUGGGCAGAAAUUCCGGCUUAUUGACACUGCUGGAAUCAGAAAAAGGGCUUCAGUAGCUUCAUCUGGUAGCACGACAGAGGCUCUAUCUGUUAAUCGGGCCUUUCGUGCCGUUCGUCGCUCUGAUGUUGUUGCACUUGUAAUAGAAGCCAUGGCCUGUAUUACAGAACAGGAUUGGAGGAUUGCUGAAAGGAUAGAAAGAGAAGGGAAAGGUUGCCUGAUUGUUGUGAACAAGUGGGAUACUAUACCAAACAAAAACCAUGAAACCGCGACACAUUACGAGCAAGAUGUUAGGGAGAAACUCCGCAAUCUUGUAUGGGCACCUAUUGUCUACGCAACUGCAAUAGCUGGUCAUAGCAUUGAGAAUAUCAUUGUUGCAGCUAGUAUUGUUGAAAAAGAAAGAUCAAGAAGGCUAAGCACUGCAAUAUUGAAUCAAGUUGUACGGGAGGCUGCAGCUUUUAAAUCACCUCCAAGGACCCGAGGUGGCAAGAGAGGGCGUGUUUAUUACUGCACUCAGGCUGCUAUUAGGCCACCCACGUUUGUGUUCUUUGUAAAUGAUGCAAAACUUUUCUCAGAGACAUACAGACGUUACAUGGAGAAGCAACUACGAUCAGAUGCGGGGUUCGCUGGAACACCUAUUCGUCUCUUAUGGCGCAGCAGAAAAAAGAUGACAAAAGAUGACAGAAGGGCUGCAAGAAAGCAAGAAAAUUCAUUCCCACAGGACGGAAAAAGAUUGGCAAAAGCCUUGUGAAUUGAUACAACGUUCUGUCACCUGAUAAUCACGUGGGAUUUUGGUCCGCAAAGCUUCAAGUUUCAAGAGUUCUCCUCACGUAACUGAAAUCAAUCCACUAAAAUUCUGUUUCUCAGUCCUGAAGUGGUAAUUAUCUGAGCGUACUCCUUGUAGAAUCCAAUCCGUUAUCUCCCUUGGUAUAGCCAGGUAAGUUUUGAGCAGCGUAAAGAAGCCAAUAGUAUGGAUAGGUUGGAAGGAGAAUGCAGUAAUAUGUAUAGUAGUUUUGUUGUUAACUUAUUGAAACAACGACUUAUCGUUCCAUUGGAUUCUGUAUUUUCAAUCUUUGGCCACAUCUUAAAAGGGACAAGUUUUUCAAGGUUGGUGGAAAUUGUACAAGGAUGUGCAUGUUUUAUGUUCA